UUGGUUCAACAGCAGUGACUGUGCAGUGGUGGCUUUGAGAACAGAACAGUUUUACGACUUCGAUUAAGAUAAUCUAGGAAUCUAGUGCUUCUAUUUGAGGAAUUUUUCACAUCGACCCAUAGAAGCCACUGAAUUGUUUUUAAUACAUGCAUUUUGUUACUGAACAUCAUUGAUCUGAAAGGAGAUUUAAAAAAUAUUUUCCAUGAUCAUCUGAUUCGAAACAGUUAGCCUAGUUCGGAGGAUAGCAGUGCAACAGUUCGAACCGUGCGUAAUUCUCUGCAUCUUACUCCAUUCCAAUCUCCAAACAGCAAGAAAUCUUCGGGAGGAAAACCUUAAACUCGGAAACCAAAGGAAGACCUAAAUUGCAGGUGGCUCACGGAAAAGAUGACGGCAAUGAGAUUGAUUUCAUCGCUUUUGCUGCUGGUGUUUUUGCAGUACGGAGUUUUUGCCGCAAGAAGAUUCCGAGGUGGUCGCAACCCGCAACCACGGCGGGCACCACCUUCUCCCACAUACCGGGACCGGGGUGACACCACGGAGAGUUUCCCUUUGGAUUUCACCGCUGUCGAAGAGAACAUGGACAACUUCAUGACGCAGGUGAAGAACCUGGCGCAGUCCCUCUACCCGUGUUCGGCGCAGAAGCUCGACUAUGAUAUGAAGCUGCACUUUUUGGAGAAUACUUCAGUCACGUGCAACGAUGGAACGCCAGCGGGGUACUACAUCAAAGAGUCCAGAGGGAGCAGACGGUGGUUGAUAUUCUUGGAGGGCGGCUGGUACUGCUUCAACAAAGAGAACUGUGACAGCCGAUACGACACCAUGAGGAGACUGAUGAGCUCGUCCAACUGGCCUCAAACCAAAACAGGCACAGGGAUCCUGUCUCCACUCCCAGAGGAAAACCCUCACUGGUGGAACGCCAACAUGGUGUUCAUCCCCUACUGCUCUAGUGAUGUGUGGAGUGGUGCCUCAGCCAAGACGGACCAGAGUGGCUACGCCUUCAUGGGGUCUCUGAUCAUUCAGGAGGUGGUGAAGGAUCUGCUGGCCAAGGGGCUUGACAACGCCAAGGUUCUACUACUGGCUGGCAGCAGUGCGGGGGGGACGGGGGUCCUGCUGAACGUGGACCCUGUGGCUGAGCUGCUGGAGGGGCUGGGGCACCCUGGGAUCCAGGUGAGGGGUCUGGCUGACUCGGGCUGGUUCCUGGACAACAAGCAGUACCGAUCUACUGACUGUCACGACACCAUCAGCUGUGCCCCCACGGAGGCCAUCAAGAGAGGCAUCAAGUACUGGGGUGGCGUGGUGCCAGAGAGGUGUAGACAGGUCCACCUGGGGGAGGAGUGGAACUGUUUCUUUGGCUACAAAGUGUUCCCCUCCAUAAAGAGCCCAGUGUUUGUGGUCCAGUGGUUGUUUGACGAGGCCCAGCUGACUGUCGACAACAUCCAUCUGACCGGUCAGCCCGUCCAGGAGGGGCAGUGGCGCUACAUCCAGAACCUAGGCAUCGAGCUGAGGAACACGCUCAAAGACGUCCCGGCCAUGUUUGCCCCAGCUUGCCUCUCACAUGAAGUCAUCACAAGGAAUUACUGGAUCGACGUUCAGGUCAAAGGCACCUCCCUGCCCCGAGCCCUGCACUGCUGGGACCGCAGUCUCCAAGACAACAGCCGGAACAACAAGGCCCCGCCCAAGGGCUGCCCCGUCCAUUUGAUUGACAGCUGCCCCUGGCCACACUGCAACCCCACCUGCCCCACCAUCCGGGACCAGUUCACGGGCCAGGAGAUGAACGUGAUCCAGUUCCUCAUGCACAUGGGCUUUGAUGUGCAGAAGAUGGCCCAGCAGCAGGGCAUGGACCCCAGCAAGCUACUGGGGAUGCUGAGCAGCGGGAGCUAAGGGAACAGGAGUAAAGUCUUAGUACAGUAGGCUAGACCAGGGGGCUGGGCGCUAUGGGGCCAAAUCCUAACUUUGAGAUCCCCGAAAAUAGGAUAAAAAAAAAUAAAAAAAUGUUUUAUCUCUCAUUGACAUCAAUGUUUGAUG